UGAGCUUGCAUUGUCCGUAUAACGUUAUCCAAUUCCACUUCCACUCGAACAAAACCAAAACAGAAUCUUAGAUUCUCUGUAGAGAGAGAGAUCCCAGAUAUGCGUACCAUAGCUUUGGGAAGCACCGUUGCAGCGUCCACAUCUCCUCUCUCUCUCAAUAUCAAGACGCAACAAUCUUUUCUCUCUUCUUCUAGGGUUCCCCGUGAAUCCUCACUCUUCAAAUCAGGAAUAUGCAGAGCCAGCCAAGUGGUUGAAUUAUUUCCAACUGUGUCUCCCGAGAUUCUUGUUAGAGAGGCUCGGUUAGAGGAUUGUUGGGAAGUGGCUGAAACUCACUGCAGCUCCUUCUUCCCUGAAUAUUCCUUCCCUUUAGAUUUUGUGUUGAGAAUUGAUCGGAUGGUUGCAAUGGUAUCGGGGUUUGCUAUACCAAAUGGUUAUAAGCGAACUUGUUUGGUUGCUGUCACUGGUAGCUCAGUCGAUGAAACCUUUUGCGGGGGUGAGGACUUCAAAAUUGGAGAUUUGAAUGGGAAAUUCGGUCUAAAUAGGGGAUAUGUAGCUGGUAUACUAACUGUGGAUACCGUCGCUGAUUUUCUUCCUCGAAAAGGGCCACUUCGGCAAAAACGAACUGGAAUUGCAUACAUAUCAAACGUUGCGGUUCGGGAGAAGUUCAGACGUAAGGGGAUGGCCAAAAAGCUUGUAGCGAAGGCAGAGACUCAAGCUAGGGCAUGGGGCUGUCGUGCCAUUGCAUUGCACUGUGAUCGUAACAAUCCUGCAGCCACGAAGCUGUACAAAGGCCAGGGUUUUAGAUGUGUUAAGGUGCCGGAAGGCGCUAACUGGCCUAAGCCCAAGACAUCUCCAGAUGUUAAGUUCAACUUCAUGAUGAAACUUCUCAACACCCCUACCAGGGUUUAGAAGUUUUAGGAACAUGUGAUUGAUUAAGAAAGGUCAAGUGUAAGAAAAAGAAAAUUGUUACUGUAGGAUGUCUAGGGAUUGCUGUAUAUAUGUAAACUGAAAGGCUUGGCCCUGAAUCCUACGAAACUGUAUGGAAACCUUUGAUUUCUAUUGCGCCAGUAAGUUGUUUAUUUGUAUGUAA